CGUAACAAAGGAAGGAGAAUUCUGACUAUUGUACGUUGUCGUACGAACAUACAAUAGAGAACAUUGUCGUUUCAUCAAAACUUAAAAUCAACAUUCAUUACGACGUGUGUUUAUAAAAAAAAAACGAAAAACUGAAGAAAAAGUUGUGCAAGCGAAUAAAGUUGGUAAAAAUAGUAACUGAUUGAGCUCACGGCAAAUAGAAAGAAAAAAAUGGAUUCAACAAAAGAUCAACAUUUUUAUCCGAACGCGUGUCACGUAUGUCGAGCCUACGGAGAAAAUGUAAAAUUAAAGAGAUGUUCUCGUUGCUUAAUGAUAGCAUACUGCGAUCGGAAUCAUCAGAAACAACAUUGGCAACAACACAAAAAAUUGUGUCGCAUCCUCAGUGGCUUAUUAAAAAAUUUCGGUACGUAUCAUGGAAUGAAGCCAUUUUGGACAAAUAACGAAGAAUAUUGGAGGAAAUCAACUAAAGACUUGGCUCUUUCGGUUCAAAUCUUAUCAAGUCUCGAGGGUCAUGAGCUUUUGCUUUUCGAAGUGGAAAUGUUGUUUUUCCGAAGAUCUUGUGAGGUUUGUCAUGAAACAGAUCCACGAAAAUUGCAAGACUGCCCUAACUGUCCAGAUUCCAGUUUUUGCGUUGAACAUCCCAAGGACAACAGACAUUUCACCAAGUGUCAAAUGUCAAAGCUCUAUUUCGAAGCUAAUAAUGCAUCGCCAAAAUUUAAAAAUCUGAUUCUGUCAAAAAAUUAUGGUGAGAGUAUCCCAAAAAAUAUGGAUCAGCUCAUUGGCUUUUUUGCAAAGCAUUGUCAAGUCGACAAAAUUUUCAAAUCGACUAAAAGUUGGGCAGCCGUUCUUUCUGAUCACUUAACAAUGCCUUAUACUUUUAUGUAUGCAAUGCAACAAUUAUCUCGUCCAAAGUUGCAAAAAAUGACAAUCCAUGUCCUUCUUCGGAACUGCCAAGAUAUGCCUAAACCAAAUUUCUGGCAUCAUUUAUUUCACCAUGAUGAAGUUCUUGAGCAACUCAAAAUUGUUUUCAUCAGUCCUAUCAACUUAAAAACCAGUACAGUAAAAAUUCAACUCUGUGAGGAAUGCAUCAAGAACAAACGGCAAAUCAGCGUUCAAAAUGUGGGAGGAUUGUACACGAGUUUCUUAGCUGGGAAAUCUUACACAAAACCUGACGUUAUCAUUGGAUUCGAAUUGAAAAUCCAUCGUUUUGACAGCAUCUGGGAUCCGAUAGUUACAACACUUGCCAAACUGGGUUGUCCGCUCAUUAUGACGUCGCACUGCAUCAGAGAAUCAAAAGCUGAUGAAGAAAAUAUCAAUUCAAUUCUCGGUAAAAAAGUUAAACCUCAUUGGGCUGGAAAAAAUCCAUUUCCUUCUUGGAGACCGUUCAAAGAGUUGGAAGCUGCUUCCUUCCAAUACCGAGACGAGUAUUUGACUGUUUAUAAUAAAUUGAUUUAAAUCUUUCAUUUUCACACAGAACUUGACCUCAGGUACAUUUUAAGGAUUUUAAAAAGUUAAUUAAAGAGGUACCGUUUUCAAGAUUGAGUUCAAAUCUGAGGAAAUUUAUUUUAUUUUUGUUUUGGGUAAUACAGGAUAUCAAGGAAGUAAAAAAAAAAUGAGAAAUAUAAACUUUUGAAUGAAAAAAGAUGAUUAUUCCUUGCAAUUCUUUAGUAACAAUUUCAACAAUUGAAAAAAUCUUUCACAAACCAACAUAGAACAUUGUUUUUAUUAUAUUCUGCUUCCAAUUUCAACAUUAUUUCUCUCCAAAAUGUUCUAAAAGUAAAAAAAUACAGAAUAAUUAUAAGCCAUGUAAUGAAAAUUUUUCUUGAUUCAAAACAUGUUUCAGUAUCUUUGUCACACAAGUUGUUCCAACUCUUCGUUUGCAUAAACAUAAAUAUGCAUUUAAAAUUUGGAAAAUAAUGCAAAUGUGAAAAAAAUAUUUGUACUAAUUGUAUCGAGAUGGAUUGCUGUUUUCAGUUUGCAUUUUGCAUAUUCUACAAAAAAAUUAAUGCAAUUUUAAAAUUGCAUUUUCAAUAGCUAAUCACUCAGACUUCCAAAUUUCAAGGCGCUCAACAAACUACGCUCGUUUAAAAGAUUGGAACUUUUAGUAUUAUAAUUUUUACUGUAUUUUAAGUUUUUGUACUCGUGAUCCUGUAAAUUCGUAAACGAUACGAAUGGCAUGUACGAAAAUAUUCGUCGUUGAUUGUGAAAAAAAAGAUCACAGUGAUUAGCCAAUAAAACCUUUACGAAAUA